GUUUCCAUGAUCACCACACACAAGACUGGUUUGUUUUGUAUGCGUGGGUAAUGCGUUCACGUAUCCCAUGAAAGAUGCAAGCCUCGACAGGGACACCAGCACACGACCACCUCUACAACUUGAAGCCAUCUAUCGAUCAUUACAAUCUUGUUGGACGGGAGCACUAAACGUAUUUAGUAAAGAUCAGGGAGAGAGAGGAAGGAUUUUUGCGUUAUGGGUAGGUUCUGCACGCUCAAGAAAGUUUCAGCUCAAAGCACCAUCCGUGAAUACGAAAACAAAACAUGAUCCAAACAAGUUUUUAAAAUAAGCCCCCCAACCUCUUCACACAUCCCUCCUGCUACUUACGUUUAUUCUCAUCCUCAUACUCUAAUUUCCUCAUGUAUCGAUACUUGUCUUUUGCUGUCUUAGCUGUCGUGGCUGGACAGCUAAGUGCAGCACCCGUGGGGGACGUGUACCCAUUUUUUCCUGUCACGGGGAGUGGGGAUUGGGGUGUCCCCGUCUCGAAAGCCAAGGAACUUAUCAAGGAGCUUUCGGUUGAUGAAAAGGUGGCCAUCGUCACGGGGAUCGGGUGGGCGAAUGGACCUUGCGUUGGGAAUAUCCAAUCUGUUCCAAAGAUUCAGUUUCCUGGCUUGUGUUUACAGGAUGGACCAGCCGGAAUCCGUUUUGCUGACAAUGUAACUGUGUUUGGUGCAAGCAUCAAUGUAGCCGCCACAUUCGACAAGGACCUCAUGGAACAACACGGGCAACUCCUUGGUAAAGAAUUCCGGCAAAAGGGCGUCAACAUUGCACUUGCUCCCGCUAUGAACCUGGCACGUACUCCCGAAGGUGGCCGAAACUGGGAAGGCCAAGGCGCAGAUCCCUACCUCGCUGCCAUCUCCGCUUCCCUCCAAAUCAAAGGAAUCCAAUCUCAAGGCGUCAUCGCAACCGCGAAACACUUUAUCGGAAACGAACAAGAGCACGCCCGAGAAAAGAGUUCAUCCGAUAUAGACGAUCGCACCCUCCAUGAAAUCUAUUUACCACCUUUUGAAGCCUCCAUUAAAGCCGGCGUAGGCGCCAUCAUGUGUGCAUACAACCUCGUCAACGGAACCUACGCCUGUGAAAACCCUCAUCUCCUCCAAACCGUCUUGAGAGGCGAGCUCGAUUUCAACGGUUUUGUCAUGACAGAUUGGUGGGCCGGUAUGAGUGGACGCGAGACGGCGCUGGGUGGAUCGGAUAUGAUGAUGGCUGGUGAGACCAUGUGGGGGGCAAAAGAGUCGUACUGGGGCCCUAAUUUGGUGCGCAUGGUCAACGAUGGGAGUGUUCCCAUGGCGAGGUUGGAUGACAUGGUCACCAGAAUUCUGGCAGCGUGGUUGAAAAUGGGACAGGAUAAAGAUUUCCCUCCUACCAAUUUCAAUUCGUUUGACACUAGCAAAGGGUCUCAUGUCGAUGUGCGCGGGGAUCACGCCGAGCAUGUCCGUAAAGUCGGUGCAGCCUCCACAGUGCUCCUCAAAAACCAAGGAGUCCUGCCUCUGAACAAAGUCAAGACGGUCGCGGUACUGGGAUCUGAUGCUAGGACCCCCGAGGAUCCAAACAAGUUUGCUGAUCGCGGUGGAGUGGACGGAACGGUCGCUCUAGGAUGGGGAUCUGGUACCGCGAAUUUCACAUAUCUCGUUGGCCCUUACGAUGGAAUUCUUGCUCAAGCUACACCACAGGGGAUCAAUGUUACCCACUCUUUUGAUGAUUGGGAUGUCUCCAAAGCGGCGGAGACGGCCAAGCAAGCUGACGUGGCAAUUGUCUGCGUUGCAGCGGAUUCCGGUGAGGGAUUCAUUACCGUCGAAGGAAACGCUGGGGAUAGGAAUAAUCUGACAUUAUGGAAUAAUGGGGACGCUUUGGUCCAAGCUGUCGCUGAUGCAAAUCCAAACACCAUUGUCGUCAUCCACUCCCCAGGCGCCAUCACCAUGCCAUGGAUCCAGCAUCCCAACAUCAAAGCAGUCCUAAUGGCCCUCAUGCCCGGCCAAGAAUCCGGUAACAGCUUGGCUGAUGUCCUCUUCGGCAAAACAAACCCCUCGGGUCGUCUUCCUUUCACCAUCAACACCACUCCAGAAGAGUACGGCGCCCAUGUUCAGUACCACACCAACGUCCCCGUGGACACCCGCAAUAGAUGCAUCCCCGAAACAUGCCCGCACAUUGCAUACUCGGAAGGACUACUGGUUGAUUACCGAUACAAUGAAGCCAAGAACAUUGAACCCCUUUUUGGAUUCGGACAUGGCUUGUCAUAUACGAGUUUCCAGUACUCGGGACUCGCUAUUUCGACCAGUGGGUCGACAGCCCGGGUUUCAGUAACCGUCACAAACACGGGCGCCGUACCUGGACAUGAAGUCGUCCAAUUGUACCUCCGCUCCCCGCCUGUUGCUCAAAAAUCGUUUAAAGAACUCAAGGGCUUUUCCAGAGUAUUUUUAGAGGCGGGGCAAUCCACCACGGUUGACUUUGAUCUAUCUGAACGGGAUUGUAGUUUUUGGAAUGAUGGGUGGAAGGUUGCUCAAGGAACCUUUGAGGUCUUGAUGGGUGCUUCCAGUAGGGACAUGAGGGUAAACGGUACUUUUGUCAUUUAAAAAAACCUCAUCGUUGUCGUUUGUUGCAGUGUCCAAAAUAUCAUUGUCGGUGAUUUUACCUUCGAUCGCUUACCUAA